CAGUCCUCCGUUCAUGCACGCUGCUUUUGACUCCUACCUCGUUCUGCAUACCUUUUUGCUGGCCGACAUCGGGACUUCGCAGAGUCACUGUAACCUUCAGGACCGUGUCUACACCCAGCCUGUGCUCGCUUUAUUCGAAGUUCUACAUGAAGGGGCAUUGUGGUUGAAUACCAUACGUUUGUCUGGCUGCAUAUCAAUUCCCACGUCCUCUCCAAUGCUUACAGCCUGCUCCCUUUCUUUCAAAUACUUGUGAAUAGAUUCUCGUCUAACUUUCACAAUCAACAGUUGUUCAUACCGAAAAAUCAAACCUUCUCC